GGCAGAUACGGAAGCAAACAACGCUCCGGCGACGAUGUCUGAAUCGCCGGUGAAGCUCAUCGGCUGCUUCGCCAGCCCGUUCGUGCACCGCGCCGAGUUGGCCCUGCGGCUCAAGGGAGUCCCCUACGAGCUCGUCGAAGAAGACCUCAGCAACAAGAGCGACUUGCUGCUGAAGCACAACCCCGUCCACCAGAAGGUGCCCGUGCUAGUCCACGGCGACCGGACGGCCAUCUGCGAGUCGCUGGUAAUCCUCGAGUACGUGGACGAGGCGUUUGAUGGGCCACCACUCCUCCCUUCGGAGCCCCUCGCACGCGCCACCGCCCGGUUCUGGGCCAGCUUCGUUGACAAGCAGUUCAGGGAGUCGUGGAUCGCUAUGUUUUCGGCGGACGGCGAGGCUCAGGUGGCAUCCGCGAGGGAGGUGAAGGCGAACCUGACGCUCGUCGAGGGGCAGCUGCCGGAGGGGAAAACGUUCUUCGGAGGCGACUCUGUCGGCUACCUCGACAUAGUCCUCGGCGGGAUCGCGCACUGGAUGGAGAUGUUCGAGGAGAUCACCGGGGUGCCGCUGCUGGCAGACGAAGAGCACCCGGCGCUGCGCCGGUGGGCGAGGGAGUACACGGCGGACGAGAUCGUGAGGCAAUGCCUGCCGGACAGGGACCGCCUGCUUGCUGCCUUGACACCGAAGAGAGACACGUUCGUGUCCAUUGCCAAGACAAUGGCUACACAAAAGUAGUGUGCUCUGGCUGACAGGGAGGACCUGCUCCCACAUUUCACGAGAGGAAGGAGAUU